CUCCAAGUACUUCUUCGUCUACCUAGGGUUUUAGCCAUACAAAAACCUUCCCCAACUUUUUCUAACGAUGGAAGGGACGCCGAUGUCGGCACCGGCUGCAGUUACAGCUCCAUGUUGGAGCAACAUCGUGAAAAGCCAACCUGAGAAACCUCAAACUGAAAUUUCAACGACACCAUCAAGCCAAAUCUUCGUGGAAAGCUGCAAAUCCACCAAGGGAAUAUCGGUGGCGGUGGUGGACGCCAAUGCCGUAAUAAAAGGCGGAGAGAGGCUAACGAGCUUUGCUGAAAAAUGGGUUACUGUUCCCGAAGUCCUCGCAGAAAUUCGCGACCCGGUUUCUCGUCACCGCCUCACUUUCAUCCCUUUCACCAUCGACUCCAUGGAGCCGUCCCCUGAAGCCCUAAAUAAAGUUAUCAAAUUUGCAAGGGCAACCGGUGAUUUGCAGACCCUUUCAGACGUUGAUCUUAAACUGAUAGCUCUGACAUACACAUUGGAGGCUCAGAUUCAUGGAACUAAUCAUCUUAAAGAUGCCCCUCCCCCUGUUGAAGUUGUUAACACCAAGAAGCUCCUUGAGAAGGACCCUCUUGGAUGGGGCUCCAAUGUUCCCAAUUUGGAAGAGGGAUAAUGUUGAUGCAGUAAAUGGAGGAAUAGAUUGCUUUGAGAUGGCAAGCCAGACUAGUGAAGGUGUUGAUGCAUCAUACACGGAUGACAUUAGCAGUGUGCAAAGUUGGACGCUGAGAUCCUUAUCUGAGUCUAGUGUUGCUUGUGUAACUGGUGAUUUUGCAAUGCAAAAUGUUCUUCUGCAGAUGGGUUUACGUCUUCUGGCACCUGAUGGAAUGCAGAUUCGACAGUUACAGAGGUAAAA